AUGAGCCAGUUCGACGAUAUAGACAUCAUCUUACGUCUCGCGGGCGCGGCUGGCUACCGCAAUCGCACCCAAAAACUCUUCGAUGUUACAUGGUAUCAGGUGACGGAAGAUGGUAACACGCAAUGGAGAACCGAGGAUCCCGUCGCGCUCUUGAACAUAGAGAACGCCUGGGCCAGAGACAGACUUGAACAUUUCAAUGACUACUUUCACGACAACAUUUACAUCGCAGAAGACCAGUAUAUCUCUGGGUGUAUUGGUGCAACAUGCUUCAGAGUCACCAAUUUCCUCGACCAGCUGAUCUUGGAGGCGGAACGAGAGAGGCGACGUGAGGUCCACAGAUUUUACGUCUUCCUUCGACGAGCAAGGAUUCUCGCACAGGAGUUGGGCAUAAUCGACGACAGUGAAUCUGUUGUCACGGACUGA